GUGCGGGUGCCGAAGGACUCGGCUCCGCCGGGUCCCGCUGCGUGGCAACCGGAAAGUCCCUGCGCCGCCCCGGAAGGCGGGAGGGCGGAGCUGGGGCUGCGGGCGCGGCCGGGACCCGGUCACCCUCCGGCGGCCACGCAGGCUGCCCCAGUGACCCGGGACACCACCGGGUGCUGCGCGGCGUCCGGAGGCCUGCGGCAGGCUGCCCCCCGGGCCGCCGAGAUGCCCGUGGCAAUGGGAGACGUCAUGAGGCUGCUGGGCUCCAUUUCCGAGGAGAAGAAAAUGAGAGCGGCCGUCAAACACUCCGGGCGGGGCGCUGUGGUCACCGGCGCCGUGGCCUUCGUCGGUGGCUUGCUUGGUGGCCCCCCAGGACUAGCUGUUGGGGGCGCCGUCGGGGGGCUCUUGGGGGCCUGGAUGACGAGUGGGCAGUUCCAGCCUGUCCCUCAGAUCCUCAUGGAGCUGCCGCCCACUGAGCAGCAGAAGCUGCUCCGUGAGUUCACGGCCAUCGUCAGGGGCCUGGACGGGAUGGACGCGGUGCAGCUGGUCGCUCUGGUCAUGGGCAGCGAGGCGCUGAAGGAGCAGCUGCUGGCCAUGCUGGUGGGCUACGUCACCAGGGAGCUCGGGGCCGAGGUGCGCUACGGCGAUUAGCCCCUCGGGACGUGGGCUGUCGCCGGAGGGCCCUGGGGGCUGGGGUGCCCCACCCCACCCUGUGUUACCUUCAGCCGCCGAGAGCCUCCUGCGGGGGAGGCCCGGCUGUGCCGGAUCCUGGUUGGACAACACAGAUGAGGAAGUCCUGUGGCGUGGCCGCGUGGGGCCUGUUGUCUGAGCCCACCCUCCUGCCCUGGGGUCCGGAGGGAGGUGGCAAUGGGCAGCAGCCGCUCAUCUGCGAAGGUGACCUCUGACCCGGGAAUGUGCGGCAGGGCUGGGCACACCUCCAGGCCCCGGGUCCCAGGACACGGCAGCCGGCCCCACUGGAACCAUGGGGACCCCCUGAGUGAGCCCCUCCCCCAGUCUCGUCCAAGGGGCCUCUGGGAGGGAAAUGCCCAGGGCACCUGCCCUUCUCCCACCUGCCGGGUCCCACCCAGUACUGCUUUUCCGGGUCGCUGCUUGCAGCAGAAGGUGCCACCGCUCUCCCUAAAGGCGUCGGGUCCCAGGCCACCUCUGAGAAGUGGGCACCCGAACGUCCCCACACACUGGGCACCCCCACACCGAGAACCACACCGGCCU